AUGUAUAUAUCGUUCUAUAUUACUGAUUCCAAGAAUGGACUCAUAUUUCAAUAUUUACCCAGCGCUAGUGCUCCAACGUUCAGUAAUCUAUGGGUGAAAAUUAAAUCUGUGACAUCUGAUACAGAUCUAGCUCUUCGAAAUGAGAUCAAGAUAGGUAAAUAUUUGAAAGUGUCAAAAUAUCACUCCGAUAUAAACAAUUUGAAUUAUUGGUGUUUAAUAUCAGAUCAAAAAAACAAAGAUGGUAAUAUGGGGACCAAAAUAUCAAUUAUAGAUCCAUUUGUAUUUUUAGAGACCAUUGAUAACAUUUUGAUGGAAUAUUUCGAUAAAGAUACAUUAACGGUUAAGAAACUCACUAACAAUUAUGAUAGAUUAACAAUGAUUUUCAAUUAUAUAAUAGAUGAUGGUGAACCACACAUGGCAGGUAAUUUGUAUUCUAAUAGAAUUAAAGAUGUUAUUCCCUUGCAGAAUGAUCUAACUAAAUUUAUACAUUCUACUGCCAAAAAUUUAGGAAAUGUAGUGAGUAACAGUGCUGUUACUAAUGCUGCUAAAACUACUAGCGGAACUAGAGGUGUUCAAAAUGGAAGAAUGUUUAGUAAUUCAUCUACCCUUGGUAAUGAAGAAAUUGUGCCAUGGAGAAGUACACAUUUGGAACACCAUACCAAAGAAGAGAUUUACUUAGAUUUUGAAGAAACUGUUCAAUUAGUCUUUCAAAAAAGACAUAGACGUGACAAACGAAAUGGUAAAACAACAACAACAUUGGAUCGUGGGUAUAUAAAUAAUUCUUUAAAGACUUCUCGAAUGCAAUUGGUUCAUGGUAAUAUACAUGGUUCAAUUAAAGGUAAUAGUUUAUUGAAUGGUACACCUAUUGUUGAACUCAAUUUGAAUAAUAAUGGUUGUGAUUUAGGGAUACCUCGAUUUAAUAAUUGUGUUAAUUGUGAAGAUUAUAUUAUUGAUAAUGAGGAUAAGAAUCUACUUAAUACAAAAGUGAAAUUUAUUCCACCUGAUGGGAAAUUUAGUUUAAUGGAAUAUAAUAUUGGAUUAAAUUCGGGACAACAAGAUAAUAGUAAUCUAGGUUUAAUAAGUAUAAUUUUUGAAAACAACUUAGGUCGAAAUGAGGAUGAAUUUGAAAUCACUGUAAACAUUAGUGGCUCUUCAAAAGUUGAUAAGAUUAAGAAUUUAACAAUAGAUUUACAAUUCUUUGAGACACAAAGCCGUGAAAGGACACAAGGACCAAAAGAUUCUCAAGUAAAGAUUAAAAUAAUUCGUAAUACACAUGGAAGAUUUUCUCAUGAUAUUGAUUCCGUUAGAGGAGAUUGGAUAUUUGAUGUUAAUACACCUACAGGUACAAUUGCAGUUCUUAGAGGUUGUGUAGAGAAUAGUGGCAAUAAUCUACAGGCGGACAGAAAUGACAAUGAAGAUAUAGAUCAAGAACAAGAACAAGAACAAGAACAAACGAAUGAUAAACAUAAAAUGACUUUACAAACAGUAAAUGUUAAAUAUGAACAUGAAGGCCAAUCAGUAUCUGGUCUAAAAGUGAAUUCUAUUGAUGUUAUUAAACGAUCACAUUCUUCAUUACCAUCUAACAUUUUUAAGGGUGUUAAAUAUGUUAGUAAGAUGGUAGAUUAUGAAAUACGAGAAUAUUAA